AGAUAAAUUUAAUAAAAGCGCCACCUAUGCACAGACACGAUAACUGAUACGGCUCAAAUUACCGAUUAAGUAUUACCGGUUUUUGUUAUGGCGGAAACACAACACUACUUUCGAAACAAACAUGGCCGCAUGGCCCGGUGACAGUAGCGCAUCCGAUAACCGCGCUCAAAACAACAAAUUAACAAGUCUCCUAAAUGCUGAAUUUAAUUUAAAUAUCGAAAAUGGUAGCUACGCGUGUGAAGUGCCAGAGUUUAAAUAUGAUAAAGUGAUUCAAAACGACGUAACAUCGGAAAGCGGAAUAGUUUCCAAGCACGGGAAAUCGGAGAAAUAUGAAAGAUUGUUACCCCAAAAUGAGCCGGAGAAAAAAAUCGAAAUGGACCCAGAUAAGAAAAGGAAAUCAGAUGACGCCCGAUACAGAUGUGAAUACGAUGGAUGCGAGCGGACUUACAGUACCGUUGGAAACCUGCGCACACACAUGAAAACGCACAAAGGUGAAUAUAGAUUCAAAUGUUCCAUGCCGUCGUGCAACAAGGCGUUCCUCACUUCGUAUAGCUUGAAAAUACACGUCCGGGCGCACACGAAAGCGAAGCCGUUCGCGUGCACUAUCAGUGGCUGCAGGAAGGCAUUUAAUACUCUCUACAGGUUGCGAGCUCACCAACGACUACACAGCGGCGACACGUUCAACUGCCAAGCGGAAGGAUGCGCGAAGUUCUUCACAACACACAGCGAUUUGAAGAAACACAUACGGACGCACACGCAGGAGCGGCCUUACAAAUGCGUGCGCGAGGGCUGCGGCAAGUCGUUCACGGCGUCGCACCACCUCAAGGCGCACGCGCGCACGCACGCGCGCCCGCCAGGAGCGGCGCCCGGCCCCGCCCCGCCGCCGCACACUCAGGUAUGUCAGUCGUUCACGGCGUCGCACCACCUCAAGGCGCACGCGCGCACGCACGCGCGCCCGCCAGGAGCGGCGCCCGGCCCCGCCCCGCCGCCGCACACUCAGGUAUGUCAGUCGUUCACGGCGUCGCACCACCUCAAGGCGCACGCGCGCACGCACGCGCGCCCGCCAGGAGCGGCGCCCGGCCCCGCCCCGCCGCCGCACACUCAGGUAUGUCAGUCGUUCACGGCGUCGCACCACCUCAAGGCGCACGCGCGCACGCACGCGCGCCCGCCAGGAGCGGCGCCCGGCCCCGCCCCGCCGCCGCACACUCAGGUAUGUCAGUCGUUCACGGCGUCGCACCACCUCAAGGCGCACGCGCGCACGCACGCGCGCCCGCCAGGAGCGGCGCCCGGCCCCGCCCCGCCGCCGCACACUCAGGUAUGUCAGUCGUUCACGGCGUCGCACCACCUCAAGGCGCACGCGCGCACGCACGCGCGCCCGCCAGGAGCGGCGCCCGGCCCCGCCCCGCCGCCGCACACUCAGAUCGAAACGGAGCCGUUUCUCAAAUUCCCCGCCAAACCGCAACCGACGGACGCCAUGAACUGGGAAGGCCUCCUCGAAUCUUUCGGCAGAAUCACCACAGAAUCCAACUCCACAGACGGAAGCCUCGAAGAUAUCAACACAGUUGAUCUUCUCACAACCACCAAUGUAGACAUAACUGACUUAUUAUUUGACAACGCCAACCCUAACGCUGUAGACUACGACCUUAACUUGCAGUUCGACAAAAAGAAGGAUAACUCCUGGACUAAUCUACAACCGACGCUAAUUGAUGACAGAAUUGAAGGCAAAAGAAAAGCUAUGCAACUGGCUUUAGCGAAUGAGAUCGAAGUACAAGCCCCGUGGGUCGAUGUGAGCGCUUUAGCGGCAUCCAUUUCAGAGACUCCGGUUAGCAUUAAAGAAAAAACCCCGGAAAGCAUUUUCACUAUGGCGACUUUUGUACCGACACAUAUGCAAAGCUAUAUUGAUUUAAAUCCUGAAACUGCCAAUGUGAUAACGCAAAGCGCCUUCGAUUUGGCUUCACCAAACAUUUUAGAUGUAGCAGAUAAAGUGUUUAAUGAUAGCGAACUGGUUUCCAAUAUGUCCACUAAAAUUGAAGACAUUGAAAAUUUCCUAAAAGAUGACAGAUCUUUAAAUACUCCACCCCCUUGCAGAGUUCACCAGAACAUCGAAAUUAAUCCGGCCAAUUCAGUACUUUUCAAUUCUGAUUUAGAUCUAGAAGACACAUUGUUAUUUGACAAUGAACCUUUAUCGGACAUGUAUGUCGUAAGAACUGAGAAUAUAUUCGGGAAAGAAAUAGCAAAAAGAAAUGCACUGGCACAAUUAGCAGCAGACGCUGGUAUUUGCAGUUGCAUGACAUGCGAAUGUGAUCCUACAUUAGGAGAAUGUAGGGGCGACUGUCAAAGUAAGGAACCAGAACCAGUACAACCAGAAAAAGGUAAAUGCCCAGUUGAUACGUGCGAUUGCGACGAAGAUUGCCAAUGUGAUCAUGAAGCUAUGAAAUGUGCUGUUGGGUGUGGAAAAGCUACUGACACAAACCAUAACACCUUCUUGGACUACCAUCGGAGACAUAAACUGACUAGCUUGGAAGAACUAGGAGUAUACACCGUUCAUGAAGAUGAUCUAUCAACAGCGACAUUUGUUGACCAAUUAUCUUGUUCUUGUGACGAAUCUACAUCCUCUAAUGUUAAUAAGAAAUCAGAAGGCUUUUCAGAAAGUAGCAAUUGGGAAACUGGUUGUCAGGGUGUUCAAACUUCUGAAGGCAAGGAAGAGUCUGUGUGCCAGGGAAAGAAAGAACCCACUUGUCAGGGUAACAAGAAAAGCGCUUGCCAGAGCAAUAAAGAAUCUGCUUGCAUGAGUAAAACAGAAUCUUGCCAGGACAAGAAAGACUCUUGUGAGAGUAAAAGUACUUCCAAUUGCGAAGGCAAGAAAGAAUCUACUUGCCAGGGUAAGAAAGAGCCUUGCAAAGGUAAGAAAGAGUCUACUUACAAAAGUAAAGGUUCUUGUAACAAUCAAUGUUCAAAUGGCGGAGGUUGUUCAGAUACUUCCAAAGAUAAAUGUUGUGUUACAAUAUGCAUUAAGAAGUUAGAAGCAUUCAAGCAGUUUUUGUCAGACCAUGAACUACUGGGUGCCUUGAAAGCGCACAAUUUAGAUUUGACUUCUAUGUGAUGCAUUUAAUUUUACAUUGUUACCAGUUCUUUUCGCUUACAUUUAACAAUGCAAUAUACAUUUUAGGUGAAAAACCAUGAAAUAAAAUUAUGCUUUUAACAAAUCUUGCAAUUAAGGCCAUACACAUUCUAAUUGGUAUUUUCUUUGUAUGUUAUGGAAUUGGCAGCAUUAAUCUAGGCCAAUACUAUGCUAAGAGCAUUAUACAUACAUGUCCUAAGUUUAGGCCUAAAACAGGUUUAUUUUUCAAUUUGUAUUGGCCUUAUUAGUGUUAUGUGUUAUAUAUAUACUUGACAGUCACAAAACUCACAAAAAACUGCAGUUUUUAUACAUGAAUGAAUCGUGUGAUAUUAAGUGCAAUAAUACCCAAAGAUGCCUUGUCAGAAUACUUAUUAAAUAUUUAUAUAGUAUAUUAGUGCCAAAUAUGUGUUGUCAAUAUCAAGUUUUAUAUUAGGUACAUAUUGUUGUAAUAUAUUUGUAGUUUAUUAUGAAAUGUCAUUUUUGUAAGAUAUUUUAUAUCUAUUUUAAAAAUAUAUUAUAUUUGUACUUACUCAGUUUAUGCAGAAAAGCGGUGCCUUUUAAAUGUUGUUAAUGUACUUAAUUGUUGUGUAUAAAAAUAUACUGUGUUGGAUUUAUGAGAUUUUAAUACUUUAAGUAUAACAAGCAAUAAUAAUGCCAUAACUCUAGUCUGUGUAGUAAAUAAACGCUUUUUAGAAA